UUGGUUGAUACCAACCAGCGAGAAACUGUUCGAGGGAGUGAGCGUGAAGAGGCAACUUCCUAAUCAACCCAAUUUGCAAGAAAACUAUUCAAAAAUGGAAUUAAUUUAUGCAAACAAUCACCACAAGUUGCUAGCAGUUGGUCAGUGCAUUGUAGACAGUUGCAAAACUUAAGGAAAUACUCAAGAAUCCCUAGAUCACCAUCAAGUAAAAUCACAUUACACUUCUGAAUGAUAAUAGUGGCUGAAGUUGGUAGUGAUGAAGCAGUCGGCGAGUACGCCAACAGCUGCCCAAGUGCAGUCAAUCGUAUUCACAUCGAGAAUACGACAGACAGAUCAUCGUCGUCAGGUCUGUGACACCGAGUACGAUGACGAUAAUAAAACAAUAAAAAUAACCCUAAAUGACAGUAAACAAACAAACAAGUAUUCACCCAAGAAAGAGGAUGAUGGUAAGACAAAAUCACCGGCUAUGUCACGUAUGUUAGCUGUCGAUGCUGACAAUUACAUGCUGAGAAAAGGUGCAAAUAGUACAAAUAGCACUGGUGUUACAACAGGUACUAAUAGUGUACAGAUGACAACAUUACCAGUUACAAGUGGUGGACAGUGUAAUGUUACAAACGUUGUACUUGGUACAUCAUUGACUGAGCGCAAUCAAUCGAGAUUUGGUAUUAAUAAUAAUGUCAAUUGGCAGCAUGUCAAUCAAAAUGGUACGUACUGUUCGGGCCCUGCUGUACUGGAGAAUUGUGGUAAUGGAGAUGGUGUUAUUAGUGAACAUUGUGAUACAUUGAACACGUGUGAUGGACCAUGCGCCUCGUCGCCCAGCAACGAGAUUGACCAAUCGUUUGGAUCACGUCAGGAGGCGCAUGUCAAUGAUGGAAGUGAGCGCAACGCAAGGUUGAGAAACACGACCGAUUCAAGCCAACGACGUCUAGUGAAUCAACAAUUUUUAGGAAAUAAUUCGACAACACUGAGUCCCAGUGGCAAACAUCAUGGAACAUUAUUUGAUAAUGCAUUGCUCAACAGCAUUGCACUUGCCAGUCAUAAUUUGAUGCAAUCGAAAGUACAAUUGAGGUGUGAUAAUCGUGAGUCGAGAAAGAAUUCUGAGUGCUCAAUUUCGGAUGAGGAUAUUGGAAGUAUUGACAGCUGCUGUGUUGAUAGUAAUAAGCAGGAUGUCUCUUGCGCUCGUCCACUCUCGUUUCAUCGGCAUAUGUGCUGGUGCAAUGAGGGCUUUUUUACGAAUGAGGGGGGUGAUAAGGAGGAGAGAAUUGAUGGUAGUAUUGUUGAGAAUGGUCAGGUGAUUAAGAAGGGUAACAGAAGUGAUGAGUCACCGCGGGCCAAUGGCAAUUGUAAGAGUCAAAAUGGUGUUAGACGUUUACUUGAGAAUGGUAGUAUGGGUAAUGGUAAAAUAACGAUACCUUAUCAGAGACGAAGUGAGACGUAUUCAAGUUUAUGUUGCUGUAUGUGCGGUUCUAUGUGUCCUGUAGAGUGUCACGCCUGUUUCCACGUUGUCUGCAAGGAGUACAGUGGACAACACCUGUGCCAAUGGGCCGACAAGGGACACGCACUUCCGGGACAGGUCUUUGACAAGGACAAGCCUGUGAGCGAGUGGACAUCUCUGAAUGUGGUCGAGUGGAUGUCGGCCCUUAAUCUGUAUCGAUAUGCCGAUGUAUUUAAAUCCAAGGACAUCAAAGGGGCCGAUCUGCUGCACUUGGAUCGGGAGAAGCUGAUGAAUAUGGGAAUUAAGGAUGAGUUUCAUCAGAAGAAUAUCCUGGUGUGUAUCGAGGAGUUGUGCCAGACGUCAACGUCACCAGCGUCAGAGACAUUAAAGUCAUCAACAUCACUAUCGAGCAAUGAUACUAACAUAACCAGUGAUACUGCUGUGACACUUAGCAGCAGUGGUAAUCAGCACAAUUUAGUGCCUCACAGUUUCAGUGUUUUGGAGAGAUGUGACAAGUGCCACAAAUAUCUUCGGGGUCUCUUGCAUCAAGGAUUCUUAUGCCAAGAUUGCGGUUUGGUCGCCCACAGAACGUGCACGGCAACGGGUUUGCCCACGGCCUGCGUACCAUCCGAGCCAGAGAGUCGAAGCAAUCGAUUGACUUCAGUUUUCGGCCUCGCCCUGUGCUCACAAUUCGAUGCAGCGUCACGUAAAGCACCGGUCCUCGUCGAGCGAUGCACUUUGGCCCUCGAGGAGCGUGCAAUCGUUGACACAAAACUCGAUCUCUACAAAGUAUAUCACAACAGUCCACCCAACGAACAGGUUAUUGAAUUACGACAAAAGCUCAACCAAGAUGUCUACAAUGCUGAUUUGAGCUCGUACAGCCCCUAUUGUAUUGCGAGCGUAUUGAAAAAGUUUUUACGAGAAUUGCCGGAUCCUAUUAUUCCUGUACAGUGGUACGACAGAUUCUUGGAUGCUGCAGGUUCGAGAAACGAUGAACAAUGUGCUAAGAAACUCAAUCAAUUGGCAUCAGAGCUCCCGGAGCAUCACAAAAGUACAUUGUACUACCUAAUGUCUCACUUCUGCCGUAUCUGUCAAUUACAACACGCCCGUGGCUACACGGAACCACCGACGAUCCUCGUUCAAGUGCUCUGUCACAUAAUCCUCAGACCCCCCUGGGAGCGUAUCAUUCAAGUUGUAUAUAACACCGAGGCCCACAUACGUAUAAUGGAACUGCUGUUAUUACACGGUAAUUGGGGUGAGAGAUUGCCAGAAUUUGCCAGUGCACCUCAAUUGCCACCACGCAAGGUAUCACGACCCCAGUUUCCUAUUGAGUCAUUUUCAACAUUGGAUGAGGACACAAUUGUUUGUGAUCGACAAAUGAGUGUAGAGAGCAAGGAUCAUCAAACUCACAGGCCUCGAUCUCUUCAGGAAGCGGAAUGGUACUGGGGCGACAUAACUCGUGACGAAGUGAACGAGAUGAUGGUAGACUCUCCAGACGGUACGUUCCUGGUGCGCAAUGCGUCUUCCAAAGGAGGAGAGUACACCCUGACCCUCCGUAAAGGUGGUACCAACAAGCUCAUCAAGAUCUGCCACCGGGGUGGAAAAUACGGCUUCUCAGAGCCCUUCAACUUCCACUCGGUGAUCGAGCUGGUGGACCACUAUCGCAAUUGUUCCCUAGCUCAGUACAACGCGACCCUGGACAUCAAGCUCCUGCAUCCAGUCUCGAGAUCCCAGCAGGACGAGGAGAUAGCCUCAACGACCAAGGACAUGCCCAACGUGGUUGCAAAAUUCAUCGAGUUGGAUAGAGAAAUGCACAAUCACAUGAAGCAAUAUCAAGAGUGUUCAGAAUUGUACAACAGAACGGCCUACGAGGUGCAAUUGAAGCGUCAGGCAUUGGACGCCUUCUGCGAGGCGAUAAAAAUGUUCGAGGACCAGAUGAAACUCCAGGAGAAGUUCCAGAAGGAGGCGCAACCCCAUGAGAAGUGUACGCUGACUGAUAACGCUGAAUUAUUGAGAAAUCGGUUGAAAUCACUGGAGGACAGCAAGGAACACCUGGACGACAGCUUGAGACAGCAGAUUGCGUACAACAGAACUCUCGAGCGUGAGAUGUACAAACUCAAACCCGACAUGGUGCAAUUGAUGAGGCAGAGAGACAGGCAUUUAAUGUGGCUGAGGAAGCAUGGCAUGAAGCAGACCAAGAUCAAUCAGCUCACGUUGAAUCAUUCUUACUCGAAUCCAGUGGGUGGAGAACUUGCCUUGAAUGAUUUUCAGGAGUUUGAUUUGGAUGUGCACGCUGAUGAGAGAACAUGGUCGUAUAUGGAGGGAACUAGGGACGAUGCUGACAGGGUUCUCGCUGGGAAACCUGAUGGAACGUUUUUGGUCAGAAAGUCGAGGACUGGACAGUAUGCUCUGUCAAUUAUGUGUAAUGGAACCGUUAAUCACUGCAUAAUCUACGCAACUGAGCGUGGUUAUGGUUUCGCCGAUCCAUACAACAUCUACGAAAACCUGAAGCAGCUAGUCCUUCACUACGCCCAGAACUCCCUCGAGGAGCACAACGAAAGUCUAAACACAACUCUCACGUACCCAGCAUUUGCAUCACCGACAGAUCUUGCCCGUCUCCAGGCCCAGCAACGGCUCAUCCUAGCGCAGAAUCAAAAUCAAAUGGCAUUGGUGGCCGCCAACAUGCGUCAGGGUGGUUGAAAUCCACACCACCCCAACAAAAUGUCUAACCAGUGCUCAUUUGGACGGAAAAUGAUUGACGUUGAGUCUCCCAACGAGUCUGACGGGGAAAAUACAUGAAAAAAAAACGAAUCCAUAAAAGCGUUAAAGCACCGCCAACAUAUAACAAUAAUCUAUAAUCCGUGAGUCUGGCUUGCCGCUUUAAGCCAGUUUCUGUCCUUCCGAUGAAAACUAAGAAGAAAAAAAAACACCAAUAUUCCCAUUACCACAUAAGCUAAAAUUCCCAUUUCCAAGGGGAAAGAUUAGUCUAAAACCCAUUCUCAUCAAAACCUGAUAAAUAAUCUUUUAAACAUUAAAAUCCAUACUCACACGCACGAAAAAUAUUCACAGAAAAACCCAGCGAAUUCGAUAGGAAAUUCUUUCUUUUUAUAAAAAAAAAAAAUUAACGAAAAAACCUUGGAAAA